UCCAACCGCCGGCUGCUGCUGAAGGACGUUACCCGUGUCCAAGUUAAAGUUUAACGGCGGCUCCGUGUGUGUCCGUGUGUGUGUGUCCGCGUGUGUGUCGGUGUGUGUGUCCGCUCGGUCGGUGAAGUCGGAUUCUCAUCCGGCGGCAUCACAAAAGGACUGAAAGCGGUAAGAAAAGCCACUUUAUCUGCAGACUGGUGCGUUACGACAAGACGGGGACGGAUUGUUCCCCUAAAUGCGGCGCUGGUCGCGGGUUGCUGAUGUGACGCGUACAUGGAAGGACACUGGACGAGCUUCAGGCUGUAAUUCAAACGGCAUACAUAUCCGGGCUGUCUCAGGCUCAGCACGCCGGCGUAAAUCAGAAAUGUCACCUGCUGACGGGAGAAUACCAAAUAAAACCAGUCCAUGUGGGCCUAAUAACUAAGGCGGUAAGGGCAAAAAGCUGGAAGAAGAAGAAGAAGAAGAAGAACCAAUAAGGUGGUAAGGACAAAAACUGAGAGAAGAAGAAGAACCAGUGAGGUAGUCAGAGAAAAAGCUGGAAGAAGAAGAACCAGUGAGGUAGUAAAGGAAAAAGCUGGAAGAAGAAGAACCAGUGAGGUAGUCAGGGAAAAAGCUGGAAGAAGAAGAAGAACCAGUGAGGUAGUAAAGGAAAAAGCUGGAAGAAGAACCAGUGAGGUAGUAAAGGAAAAAGCUGGAAGAAGAAGAACCAGUGAGGUAGUAAAGGAAAAAGCUGGAAGAAGAAGAAGAACCAGUGAGGUAGUAAAGGAAAAAGCUGGAAGAAGAAGAACCAGUAAGAAAGGGGAACGACAGGGAGGGAGAAAGAAAAGGUGGUAUGUAAACAAACGAGAGGACGUCUCAGCAAGGUUGUUACCAGGAAGGAAAAAAAGCAUGAAAGAUUGAGGAAAUAGAAGUGAGGCAUCCACCCUCCUCCAGCCUGUCUUUGAUCCAGUCAGCGUUUGCCCUACUGAAGUGCCUUAAAGGGACACAAUAAAGUAAAGACAAUUUCUCAUCAGAUUUGUCUAAACCGAGUGGGAGAGGAUACUAGGACCUCCUCUCACCGUCAAAUCCGAAUCCUCAGUCGCAGCCAUGGAGCAUGAAGCCACAGCCCAGGAGGACGUGGCUCCCUGCUUGAUAUACCACGUAGAGCGGCCGGUCUACGACGAAGAAUACCUCCACUCGCAGCUCCUCCACCGCAAGGAGAGAUGUCCCAUCACCCUGCGCCAGAGACUGGCACAGCAUGUCCAGUGUUCAUCAGUGAAGGCUAAAGCCCUGGCUCUCAAUUUCCUACCUAUCCUUACUUGGCUUCCAUCCUAUCCGGUUAAGAAGUACCUGUUUCAUGACGUGGUGUCUGGUCUCAGCACCGGCGUCGUGCAGCUUCCUCAAGGUCUUGCCUAUGCUAUGCUGGCUGCUGUGCCCCCGGUCUAUGGCCUCUAUUCCUCUUUUUACCCGGUUCUGCUCUACACUUUCUUCGGCACGUCCAGACACAUAUCUAUCGGAACCUUUGCAGUGAUCAGUCUGAUGAUCGGCGGUGUUGUGGUGAGGGAGGCUCCAGACUCCAGUUUUUACAUCCAGGCCGCCAACGGUACCAACGGCUCGCUCUCGGUGGACGUGGAAGCGCGUGAUGCGAGGCGGGUCCAGCUGGCCGUGGUCCUCACCACCUUGGUGGGAGUCAUCCAGUUCGUCCUGGGUCUUCUCAGGUUUGGGUUUGUGGCCAUCUACCUCACAGAGCCCCUGGUGCGUGGCUUCACCACAGCAGCGGCUGUGCAUGUUUUCAUCUCUCAGCUGAAGUACCUGCUGGGCGUGAGGACGCAGCGCUACAGCGGACCCCUAGCUGCAGUCUAUAGUUUCCACGCGGUCUUCAGUGACAUCACUAGCACCAAUGUGACCACACUCAUCGUGGGCCUGGUGUGCAUCGUCUUCCUGUACAGCGUCAAAGACCUCAAUGAGCGCUUCAAGAAGAAGCUGCCUGUGCCCAUUCCUGGAGAGAUCAUCGUGGUCAUCAUGUCAACAAGCAUCUCCUUCAGCCUCAACCUCUCCGAAAACUAUGACGUGGACGUGGUCGGGAAAAUCCCAACCGGGCUCCUGCCCCCUUCAGUUCCACACUUCUGUCUGCUCCCUAAUCUGAUCGCCGAUUCCUUCACCAUUGCGAUCGUGGGAUUCUCGAUGGGCAUCUCUUUGGCCAAGAUCUUCGCCCUGAAGCACGGCUACAGUGUAGAUGGAAACCAGGAGUUGAUGGCUCUGGGCUUGUGUAACUUCAUUGGUUCCUUCUUCCAAACGUUUGCCAUCACAUGUUCAAUGUCAAGGAGCCUGGUCCAGGAGAGCACAGGAGGAAAGACACAGAUUGCGGGGCUGCUGGCGUCACUGGUGGUGUUGCUGGUGGUGGUGGCCAUCGGUUUUGUCUUCCAGCCGCUCCCUCAGACGGUGUUGGCAGCCAUCAUCAUGGUUAACCUGCUGGGUAUGUUCAAGCAGACCAGAGACAUCCCCGCCCUGUGGAGGACCAGCAGAAUAGAACUGGCGAUCUGGCUGGUAGCCUUCACUGCCUCCGUGCUCUUGGGCCUGGACUUCGGCCUCGUGGUCGCCAUUGCAUUUGCCAUUUUAACGGUCAUCUACCGAACACAAAGCUCGAAGACGGCCGUGCUUGGUCAAAUUCCAGGUACAGACAUGUACUAUGAUGUGGAUGAAUAUGAAGAGGCUGCUGAGUGUUCAGGGAUUAAGAUUUUCCACUUCAACUCUUCAAUCUACUUCGCCAACAGCGACCAGUACAUUAACACCCUCAAAGAGAAGACGGGUCUAAACCCGGCGAAGAUACAAGCCGCCCGUAAAGUUAGAAGAAAACAGAGAGAAUCGGAGGAGAAAGGAACACGAGGCCAUGCGUCUCCUCAGACUGUAGUGGUGACAGGUGAGGGCGUGUCCCAUGAGGUCGUGUCGUGGGAUGACGCGGAGGAGCACGGGAACAGCAGCGUGGCAGAGAAACACAGCCAAUCAGAUUUGGAGGAGGCGGUCUUCCUGGACUCUCCGGGCUCCACCCACUCCAUCAUCCUGGACUGGACUUCUGUGAACUUCCUGGACUCGGUCGGCGCCAAAGCGGUCAAGGCGGUUAUCAAGGAAUAUGCAGCCGUGGACGUGCGAGUCUUCAUAGCUGGCUGCAGCAGAACUCUAUUGACUGAGCUGCGCACCUUACAGUUCUUCACAGGGGUCAUGACCCCCGACAUGCUGUUCCCCACCGUGCACGACGCCGUGCUGUACAGUCAGCAUCACACCGCCCCGCCCCCCAACCACUGCAGCCACUGAGGGCUCCCAAUACUGACGACGUCAGCAAAGGACAGCACACGGCAGCUGAAUGCUAUGACCUGCAGAGUCUUUAAAGUUUACAUGUUCACGGAGGGUGCUUUGUCAGUGGAAGGUUGUGUGUCACAAAGGGUUCUGAUAGGUUUGACGGGCUCGUCAUGUGGAUUUCUUCAACAAGCAAAAUAAUCAAACCCACACAAGACACGAGACGGUUCACGGUGGACACAGUUUCUUGCUGAAAGGGAAAGUGGCUUUAGUUUGGUUUUCUGGUCUACAUUCCUACAAGCUGAUAGCUGUGUGUACCUUGGCAGUGAACAAGCAAACUACCUUAACUUAUUGUCUACUGUCUUGAGUCUCUCCCAACCUUUCUGGGUCUGAAAGAGGGAGAAAUAAGUUUACCUUCCUGUUUCAUUGAGCCCUGUUGAAAAAAGAAGCCAGUAAGUGGAACGGGACAGAAGGAGGCGCGUUGCUCCUGCUGACAUCAGAUGUGUUGGCGUCAAAUGAAAAGUUACUGAAACGUUUUCUCCUGCUGCAGGUUUAAAACAAAGGGUUUCGUUGCAAAACGCUUUUUCAAUCCGAGUCAAUUCUGCAACAUGCAAUUCCCCAAUUAGGAUUUGAAAUCCACAGAACCCGGUCUGGCCUUAGUGUCGUUUCCCAAGAGAUGUCCGCGACAACAGAGUACCACAAUCCAAAAUGUGCUUUGAGGCCAGGAUUUUUUUUCCCUCAUUCCCAAAUUCUGGGUGAUUAAAUGUUGGAAAGAAGCUCCUCCACUGCUGAACACAUUCAGAUUACAUGGUUCCAUGACUGUUCGGCUUUCGUUGGCGGCCUUUUUGCAGUGUGGCGUCUGAA